AUGGAAGACGAGGCAAGACGUCCUCGAAGGCUACUGUCUUUCGAUGCGUCGCAAGUAUCUCUUUCACGCUUAGGCAAAGCGCUUUACUACACCCGCCCACAACAAAAAACAGAAGAGGAUCCAGAGCGUUUCGGAACCGUCUCGUUUUCUGCCCGGGCACCCAUUAUUGCUAUGGCGGCAUCCCCAGACCACAAAAGUGCUGCUUUGUUGACCAAGGAAUCGCUAGAGGUGGUUCUGAUGUCUACCUCGAACAAUUCUAUUACCCAUGCGAUGAAAAUAAAGCCUCGCUUCAACCCAAGCACCGUGCAAUGGGGUCCCAACAAUCAGAUCGCUUUGGCAGAUUCGGGCGGCUCUAUGUCCAUCCAAACUCUUGGUAAUAGCGGCAAUCUUCUUCAGGCCCCUGGCCAGGCCAUCAAUCUACACUGUGGCGUGACGUCUCUGUGUUUUUCUCCGAAUUCGCUGCUCUUAGCUGCGACUAGCGAUGGCACCGUCAAGCUGUACGACCUCCGUCACAGCCUCAAAAAAGGAGCAAUCUCCAGCUUUCUACGCGAUGGAGAUAUUGCUCGUGAAGCUCAAUUAAGGCCCGACAGCGAAACAAAGUUCGGCGUCAUCUACGAUUCAGGCAUGGUCCAGCGCUGGGAUGUGCGAAACCCCGCAGCUGCGGAUUUAAGAAUAAACGCCCAUUACCAAGGAUUGUCGCUCAAUUGGCAUCCAAUUUCAAACUAUUUGGUAACAGGUGGCCGGGACAAGUCCAUUCAUGUCUGGAACCUUGCAACCGAGUCGCGCACACCAGAAUAUACCAUUCAAACAAUGUCGGCGGUUGCCCGAGUAAGAUGGAUGCCAGGCGAGCAAACAGUAGCUAACUCAGCAGUGAUUUCUUGCGGGCGGUCUCCUACGGAUUUCGGUGUGUCCUACUGGGAUUUGAAGCAUCCUUGGACACCCACGUAUUGGUGCGAAGGUCAUCAAAGUGCCAUCACUGAUUUGGUGGCUAUUUCAGCUCGAAAAAUCUGGAGUUCUUCCAGAGAUAAACAGCUUCUGCAGAUCGAUGUUCAAAACGAGCCACGAGUAUCUGACAAUUGGCCCCCUGCAGUGUUUGCGUGGGCUGCUGAUGAUUGUGUCGCGUUUUCUUUUUCUGGCAAAAAAGCACCCAGUCCACAAACAAUCUCGAAUCCGCCUACUCCAAACCAUCUCCAAAGGCACCAGUCUGUUUCAUUUAUUCGCAGCAAUGCUGUCAAUGUUCCUGGUCAGUCCACUAAUGCGGGUAUGCAUCCUCAGAGCUCGGUGCCCACUCAUAACAUGUUGAUGCCUGGAACUAAUGAACUCGUAAAAUCAAAAUCGUGGGAUAAAAUUCAUCCUGGAGUCGCUUCUCCCCGUGAUGAGCAUCCGGACAGAUCGAGAGCCACUAUACCAACUACGGUUAUUACUUUACCUUAUCCGGCUGAAAUGGAGUGCGUUUUCAAAUACUACGCCGAGAAUUAUAUUUACAACCAAGAAAUUGGUGAGCGACUCGGUGAGAUUUGUAGACACAAUGCACAUAUCUCACACAACACCCGUCGAUUCAGGACUGCGCAGUUUUGGAGGAUAAUAGGAAACACAGUUGAUUUUGCCGAAGAAAGCUUUUUGCGAACACUGCCACCGCAACAACAAGAAGCGGCACGCAGAAUGUUCUUGUUACAAGACGAUACAGCUGAUCAUGCAGAGUCAGUUGUAGUUGGAGAUGCUAGCAGCGGGCCGCCUACAGUUACUGGUAGCCAAACGGCUGUCACCGGUGAGAGUUUUGCUGAUUGGCACGGUUCAGGAGUCAGCUUCAAUAGUGAAGUUUCUGCGAAUAGCGAGACAAGCUCUUUUAACGGUGCUGUGGCUAGCAAACUUACUGCAGCAGUCCAUGCUACAAAUCGUCAGUCACAGAUGCAGGGCGAGCGGACACUGUCGACGUCUACCCGUGAUUCUUCCGAGAUGCUUGAUGGCCCAAGCGGGAGUUAUCAACUCCUUACUGAGGCUCAGAAACUUAGGCUUGGUAUUAAGCCUUCCUCAUACUUUGGACAAUAUGAAACAGUGCAAGCAGUUGCAGUGUCGAACACCUCGGGGACUUCGACACCAGGUAUGCACCAUAUUCAGAGGCUCAGCUCUUCUCGUCGACCAAUGUGGCCUCGUGGCUACAGCGAGAGUAUGACUUCGCUAAGACAGCAAUUUAUCAGCCACAUCUCUCAAAUGAACAACAUGUGGGAUCUAUUGCCUACCCUUCGGCGGGUUAUUUUGCAUUGCUUUGAUGAGGGUCUUUCAUGCACUUCGGUCGCUAUGUAUCUUUUGUUCUCGCACCUACCUAAUAUCGUGCCCAGGAAUCAGAUGGAAGAGUCUGUAUUUGCUUGCAUUGAGCAGAUGCGGGCUAUAUCCUCGUUUGUUCCCGCUGCACACAUCAUGAGUGUUACUUCUGUUUGGCAAGACAAUGCCGGCCAGCCGGACACGACAGUCGAUUUAGUGUGCCACCGUUGUCAGCGCUCCCUGGGGGAGAAUGCUUCGUAUCUUAGCGGCAAUAUGAAUCAGAAAGACGUCGGGUUUUGGUAUUGCAUGCACUGCAAACAGCUGCUGGACGGCUGCAGCAUUUGCAACCAGCCGGUCAAGGGCCUGUGUACGGUUCUGCUGAGAUGUGGCCACAAGUCCCACCCAACAUGCUGGUCUCAAUGGGCAGAAGAAAUGGACGAAUGCCCCGCAGGAUGCGGCCAGCAAGUAUAA